AUGCAGAACGUUUCCUCCGACCAGCAGCCAAGCUCCCGCCCGCGGUACUUCAUCACUCCGGGCAUCCAGGAAGAAGUCGCUGGGGCCGUGUUCAACGUUCUGGACGGGGAGAGCAACGAUCGAGUUGGAAUGGGCGUCUUCUUCUCGGGGAGACUCGCCGACGAGCAGCAAGCAGCAGGAAGUCGCGUUCGAGUUGUCGACAAGGACGACCAGGAGAUGGUCCUUCGCGUGGUGGCCUGCGAUCCCGCUGAGGACGUGGACUGCGCGAUUCUGGAGCUACCGAUGGGCCAGGAAGGUCGCCCAUUCCUCGCUCCGUGGGAAGGAGACGCAGCCUUACUGACAGGACGGAUCGACUUCGUGUUGGCUUCGACGAUCAGGGGCCAGCUUUGUUUCUCGGAGGCGCCCAUCUCGGUGACCACGAUUGAGGAGGCGCGAAUGCAGAAGAGUGGUGAAAGUCUGAGGGAUACGAAGCCUUCGCAGGCUGAUGGAUACGCCCAGCUAUGCUGUGGCGUGCUGAUGUCGGAGGUGACGAAGAUGCUCGACAGCGUCUCGCAAACUGAACGCUCGUAG